AUGCAGUUACCAACUGUUCUACUAAUUGCGACCGUUGCGACGGUCGUUUCGGGACAAUAUUAUCGCUUGGCAGCACCGCUGAAGGUGGAACAAUCGUAUUUUGCAUAUCAGCUGAAAAGCUUCCGGCAAGCGCUAGAUGAAUGCGCAGAUUAUCUAGUGAUACCUCUAGAAGUUGUUGAUCGCCUGGUAGCGCAAAGUUUUGUCACCAAUGAACCGGAGCUGAAAUGCUUGGUUCGAUGCGCAGGAUUUAAUCUAGGUUGGUGGAACGACACGGUAGGAGUUCAAAGUCCAGUGAUGGAAGCCUUCUUCCAACCAGCUGCUGGCGACACCUGUUAUGCCGGUCGCACUCGUGAGUGCCUAGAUUCUAGAAUUGCCGUUUGCAACGAUGAUUGCUCCCGAGCCUACGAAACUUUCCUCUGCUUCUUCCAACAAUACGGAAAGCUGAGAUGCACCAGUGAAUACGUUCCGCUUCCAACGCUCGACGCCGUGCAAGCUGCCGUUGAGUGCAUCAACAUUCUGCAAAUUCCCAACGAAUUGCUAGAACAAUACAGCCGGGGGCUGUUCCCGGAAUGCCAAGAAACCAAGUGUUUGUUCCGCUGCCAGUAUCUGGCCGAGGGAUUGUACGACACCAGGCAAGGAUUUAACCUGCGCCGGCUGUACGCCCGCGAACACGAACAUCCCGACCUGGAGCUGCUGAGCGAAAGCACCAAAGCCUGCACGGAGUUAGCUCUGCUGGACAACUGCGACGAAUGUACUCGCUUUUAUCGGGCUCACCAGUGCUUCGAUCGGUGUGGCGUUCCAGAUCAUACGACGGCCAUUCUGGUGCAGGCGGCGUGGGUUGCUCUGGAGCAGAAGUCCUGCCAUCGGUUGAAUCCGUUCUACCUCUUCCCGCCGUACGCUCCGCUGCAGCCGUAUGUCCCACUGCAGCAGUACGUUCCUCGCUACCUCCAUCCGUUUUCGCAUGCCAGAGGCUGCAGCACCUGUGCGUUGCAGAAGAAGUAG